AUGGAGCGGCGAGCCAUUCUCCAGGGCAUUCCCUGCAGCUCCCUGCUCCUCCUACUCUGCAGCCUGAAGGCUUCCCUUGCCUUUCCCAACUCCUCUCCACUGCUGAGCCCCAGCUGGGGCAAUGGAGACUACCUGAUGCACCUCUACACCGACACUGAGAGGAGCAGCUUCCACCUCCAAAUCAACACUGAUGGCUACAUCGAUGGCGCUCCUCACCAAACCAUCUACAGUGCCCUAAUGAUCAAGUCUGAGGAUGCUGGCUCAGUAAUAAUCACAGGUGUGAAGAGUGGACGCUACCUGUGUAUGGACAUGAAAGGAAACAUAUUUGGCUCGCAUUACUUCAGCCAAGAGGACUGUGUGUUCAACCACAGGACACUGGAAAAUGGGUACGAUGUGUACCAAUCCCCCAAACACCACUUCUUGGUGAGCUUAGGCAGAGUUAAACAAGCCUUCUCCCCUGGUAUGAAUCCACCACCAUACUCCCAGUUUUUGUCCAGGAAGAAUGAGAUCCCUCUGUUCCGAUUCAACACCCCCGAGCCCCACAGACACACCAGGAGUGCAGAUGUUGAUCCUGUAGAUCCUCACCAGAUCCUGGUCCCACAAAGGAAGACCCCGGUGUUUGGCUCCCUGCAGCAGCAGCCAGCAGACUUUUCCCACAUGCCCAGGGAGCCCAUGAGGAUCAACCAGAAUGAUGUGGUGAACCCUGAUGAUCCCCAUGCUAUGAUGGAAGCCAGGAGGUACCCAAGCCCCCGCUUCUAUAUCACGAGAUAA